UUCAGCUGGCGUAAGCUCUGGCGGUUUACGGGCCCGGGUUGGCUGAUGUCGCUCGCCUACCUAGACCCGGGCAACCUCGAGAGCGAUUUGCAGCAGGGGGGCUACACUGGCUACCAGCUCCUGUGGGUGCUCUGGUGGGCGACGGUGAUGGGCUUCUUACUGCAGGAGAUGGUGGCGCGGCUAGGCAUCGUGGCUGGGCGCGACCUUGCACAGACGGUGCGCUCCGAGUAUCCACGGUGGCUGUGCUACGUUGUGUAUGUGAUGAUGGAGUGCGCCGUCAUCGGCGCGGAUAUUCAAGAGGUCGUGGGCUCCGCGAUCGCGCUCAACCUGCUGACCGGGGGCUUUGUGCCGGUCGUGGUGGGCUGCGCCAUCACUGCGCUCGACACGUUCACCUUCCUGGCGGUGGAGUACUUGGCGCGCGAGGACGGAGCGCGCUGGUCCCGCCACCUAGUAGGCACGAUGGCGGCCUGCUUCUUCGUCAACUGGGGGCAGAGCUCCACCGACGGCGCUGCGCUGCUGAAGGGCUGGGCCGCGCCGCUCGCCGUCAGCGCGAUCGGCGCAGUCAUCAUGCCGCACAACCUCUACUUGCACUCGAGCCUGGUGCUCUCGCGCAAGGUGCAGCGCGCGUCCAAGCAGAAGGUGUACGACGCGAUCUGGUACGCGCGCAUCGAGUCCGCCGGGGCGCUGCUCGUCGCGUUCCUCAUCAAUCUGGCGGUGGUGGCGACGAACGCCAACCGCUUCUUCUCGGCCGACUGCGCCGAGAUCGAGCAGGGCCCAUACGCCGUGCCGACGGCAUGGGCGGGCCGCGACGCGGCCCUGUACGUCUGGGCGCUCGGGCUGUUUGCGGCCGGCCAGUCGUCGACGAUGGUGUGCACCUACGCCGGGCAAGUGAUCAUGGGCGGCAUGGUCCAGAUCAAGCUGCGCCCGUGGAAGCAGAUUGCGAUGACGAGAGCCCUCGCCCUCGGGCCGGCGCUCGCGGUGGCGGUGAGCACGUACGGCGACCAGCGGCUCUUCAACCGGAUAAACGAGUACCUGAACGUGCUGCAGUCGGUCCUCCUCCCCUUCGCCAUGCUGCCCGCGCUCCACUUCACGCGCUCCACGCGCAUCCUCGGCUGCUUCGCCUCGGGCGGCCUCUACUCGUACCUCACUUUUGCGCUCGCCGCGCUGGUCAUCGCGGUCAACAUCGUGCUCGUCGUCGAGUUU